CGCUAGAAACAUGCCGAGAGAAGAUGGGAAGCCCGUGGCUGUUGUGGCCGUCGCGACUGAACCUCGGUUUACCCAGCGCUACAGGGAAUACCUCGAGAAACAAAAGCUCUUGGAUAGGCGGCACCGUGUAGAAAAGAUGCCGGAUGGCACCGUGGCGCUCCCGGUGCUGGGGGAGACCCUCCCCGAGCAGCACCUGCGGGAGCUGACCGAUCGCGUGGCCCCAGGCAGCACCUGUGUGCUGACGCAACUCCUGCAGCCUGUUCCUUCAAAGAAGACCCGGAGUCGUGCACCUGCCCAGAGACUGUGCCUUCAGGUGAGGCGGUGGGUGGAGGCCCGGGGAGUGGCGUGGUCCGCGGAGUUGGAGGCAGAUUUGCCCCGAUCCUGGCAAAGGCAUGGCGACCUCUUGUUGCUGAGUGAAGAAUGUUUUCAGGCCAAGCAGUGGGGAAAUCUAGAACCAGAACUCUGGGACACCGUUGCCUCGGCGCUUGGCGUCCAGCGUUUGGCCAAACGAGGGCGGGUAUUACCCGACGGCACUCGGACUCCUGCAGUGACCCUGCUGCUGGGUGACCAUGGCUGGGUAGAACAUGUGGACAAUGGUAUCCGAUAUAAGUUUGACGUGACUCGCUGCAUGUUCUCUUUCGGAAACAUCACGGAGAAGCUGCGCGUGGCAUCGCUGUCCUGCGCUGGAGAAGUAUUGGUGGAUCUCUAUGCAGGGAUUGGUUAUUUUACAUUGCCCUUCCUCGUUCAUGCUGGUGCCGCCUUUGUCCAUGCCUGUGAGUGGAACCCCCAUGCUGUGGCUGCUCUGAGAAAGAACCUGGAGAUCAACGGAGUGGCAGAUCGCUGCCAGAUACACUUUGGGGAUAACAGAGUACUGAAGCUUUCGAACGUUGCAGAUAGGGUGAACCUGGGGCUGAUUCCCAGCUCUGAAGAAGGCUGGCCCAUUGCCUGCAGAGUCCUACGACAGGACGCUGGGGGCAUUUUGCAUAUCCACCAAAAUGUGGACUCCUUCCCAGGGAAGCGUCUCCAGCCUCCUGGAAGCAGUGAAAUGGAGAAAGAGCAUUGCCCUUACUCUCAGCAAAUUAUCACCAACCAAGAGGAAAAUGGAGCUACCAGGGAUUCUGGGAGAAAAGUGCUGUCACCAGCCACCAAGCCGGAAUGGCAGAGUCCCUUCAGAUACUUCAGGCCCUGAACAUGCAGUGGUAGAAGACUGACAUGGGCUCUGCCUUCGUGGAAUUUAAAAGUUCUGCUCAUUCAACUCUUGGGCUCAACUUUCUGCGUGACCUAAGGUACACGUAAGCAGAAACCAACAUACAUCACUCUGAACAGCCCAGCCUAAGGAUGGCUCCCUGCUAAUGUGCCUGGGAAAGCAGUGGAAGAUGGCCCCAGUCCUUGGGCCCCUGCACCCAUGUGGGAGACCUGGAAGAAGCGCGUGGCUCCUGGCUUCAGAUCAGCGCAGCUCCAGCCAUUGUAGCCAUUUGGGUGAGUGAAUCAGCAGCUGGAAGACUUUCUCUCUCUCUGCCUCUGCCUCUCUGUAACUCUGCCUUUCAAAUAAAUAAAUCUUUAAAAAAUAAAUAAAAAUUUUUGAAAACAAAAGAGUGGGUUGUUAUAGAUUCAAGUUCAACUUCCUCAGCCUUCUCUUGAUCUCCUGCAUGUGCUGUCACCACAGGCUGCCUCUGCCAUAUUAUGAGUUGGCAGCAAGGCCCUCAGCAGAUGUGGCUCAACUUGGGCUUCCCAGACUCCAGAACCAUCAGCCUAACACAGUCCUGCUGCCAUCAUUUACCCGGUCUCGGGAAUUCUGUUACAGCAGCAGAAAAUGGACAAGACCUUGGUACAUGGGACUUUGCAAAGACAGGGGCAUUGCCCUGACUUAUCUACUGGGCUUGAUACACUCACAAAAGCCCUUGGAAGAGAGCACUUUCGCUUAGUAUAUGUGAUGAUUUAAGCAGAAGGUUACGGUAAUGGGAAGAAGGGGCCAUGAGCCAAGGAAUGUAGUCAGCCUCUAGAAGCUGAAAAGGCAAGGAGACAGAUUCUGCCUGGAGGCCUCUAGAAGAAAUGCAGCCCUGCUGACACUUCGAUUUUAGACUUCUGACUUCCAGAACUGGAAGAAGAUAAAGUUGUGUUAUUCGAAACCACUAAGUUUGGAAUAAUUUUCUGUAGCAGAAUAGGAAAUUAAUACAGGAUGAACAUUCUUAAUCUGAAAACCCAAAGUUCUGAAAUGCUCCAAAUUCUGAAGCAUUCUCAGUGCCAAUCUGAUGCCCCAAGUGGAAAAUUCCACACUUGACCUCAUGUGACAGCUGAAGUUAAAACACGGGCACACUAAAAAUACUGUAUAAAGUUACCUUCAAGCUAUAUAUAUAUAUAUAUAUAUAUAUAUAAGAUGUAUAUGAAACAAAUUCUGUGUUUAGAUUUGAGUCUCAUUCCCCAAAAAUCUCAUGUAUAUGCAAACAUUAAAAAAUCCAAAAUCCAAAACUCAUUUAGUCCCAUGCAUUUCAGAUCAGGGAUACUCCCUCUGUUCACUCACUCACUGUCAGGCCCAGGGACCCACAUGGGGAGUUUUUGCUUGCUGUUGCCACAACUUUGAGUCUAGAGGUCCUGUUCCCCCUAAGAGGGAAAUUUUUCACCAAGAGAUGUCAUCAUAGACCAUUUAAAAUUUAGCCUGCAGAGGCUCCCCAGUCACUUUAGGCUCUUUAUGCAAAGGUAUCAGCAGGCAAAGAAGGGUCCCCCUCCUAGCUGAGGUCACAGAAUGUGAUCACCAAGAAGCAGCAGGGUCACUGUUGCACAAGUAAGGCAGGAAGGAACAUAUUUUACACUGAAGGUGUCUUAAGAGAUCGCUUAUCCUUCCCAGCCCCAUGUCAGGACUAAAAUGGAUGAUGCCCAAAAUAGCAGGGUAAGGAUUUCUAAAAACGGCUCUCCGUAAAUAAGCAGUAAAAACCCUGGCACCAAAUGCCAAAGUCAACUUUUUCAGAACCCUAAAAUCUAAAGGCUUGCAAUAAUCCAAGGAGAAUUUAUUCAAGAAAAACAGCUAAAUCUUGGUAAAAAGGGAAGCAGCUUAGCUUGUUCUAUUCCCAUCCACCAUCUCUGAUAUAUAAUGGUAAGCAGCAGUGGUGACGGUAACAUAGUCUUGCCUUGUUCCCGACUUUAGGGAGAACACCCCCAGAGUGCUUCACUGUGAAAUGAUAGGCUGCCGUUGUUAGGCAGUACCAGAGUCCUACCAUAUCCCUGUUUUAUCCUUGUCCUGUAUUGUCACUUUUAUCUUGGACCAGCUGACUGAUUGUAUGGAACUUUUCUAGCCUCUGUUGUGUUCCUGGGUCACUUUUUCUAACCAUACACUAAUGCCACCAUGUCUUCAUUGUUAUAGAUUUACAAUAGAUCCUGAUAGCUGACAUUACAAAUCCUUCCACUUGGUUUCUUAAGGUUACCUCAGCUAUUACUGACAUUUUCCAUUUUCUUAUGAAUUUUAAACCAGCUUGCCAAUUAUCGGAAAAAAUAAACUGCUGAGAUUUUUUUUUUAGAGAGAGUACAUUGACUAUUUAGGUUGAUACCUUUAAAUAUUGACUCUUCCAUCUUGAAAUUUUUAUUCUACUCAGGUAUAGCUAUGAAGUGAGAAGUGAUUAUCAGAAAGCUGAACUGUAUAGGAUUCCACCUAGAGUGAAGGGUCCUAUACUUCCCAUCUAUCACUGAGAUAUUAUUUUCUCUUAAAACAAAAUGUAUUUUGGGCCUGGCGUCGUGACAGAGUGCGUCAAAACACUACCUGCAAUGCCAGAAUGCCAUGUAAGUCUGGCUCAAUCCCGGAUUCUAGACUUCGAUCCAGCUCCCUGCUAAUGUGCCUGUGAAAGCAGCAGGAGAUGGCCUCCGACACCCGUGAGGGAGCCCCAGAUGAAGCUCCUGGCUUCGGCCUGGCUCAACCCAAAGGCCACUUGGGGAAUGAACCAGCAGAUGGAAAUCUCUGUCUCUUCCUCUCUUUCUGUAACUCUGCCUUUCAAAUAAGUAAGUAAAUUUAAAAAAAAAUACAAAUAGCUGAAUUUCAAUGAGCAUAUUUGAAUUUUACUUUAAUAAAAAGAGACAAACCAUA